AUGGCUCCGGUUGGUUUUCGAUCCGGUGAUGCGAUCUUCUCUAGCAUUGAUCGUGUGAAUGCGGAGUUUUUUACUUUGACGUACGGUGCAAUUGUGCGUCAAUUGCUUACUCGUAAUAAUUUUUCUAACGACCACGAAUGGGCCCAAUUCCAAUACUGGAAAUCUCAUGUUCAGAAUUCGCAGUCGAAUCAAUGGUCUUCCAAUGCAACACCACCUCCAGAAACGACCAACGUUCCGGAGACACAAGCAGAAGGAGCAGCAGCAUUUUUGCAAGUGACGAUCAAUGAUUUGUUGUUGAGUGAGGGGAGAACAAGCCUGACAGAGCUCAAUCCUAAGCGCACUGACGACACAACAUGGCAAAUUGUUCGUUACUCGUGUUGA